UUUCCACUUGACUAUUCCUGCUGUUUCUUGCUCUUCCCCCAGAUGGGAGCCCUGGUGGCAGUGUUGAAAUGGCCCUAACAAUCCUGCACGAUCACACAUGCAGAGCAAAGGAAUGUUGAGUGAGCUUAGCAACAAAUCUUUUGCUGGUUCAGAAGGUUAACCCAGCUGCCUGGCAGCUUCACAGCUGUUGCUCCUGUCGACAAUGACUUUGGCUCUCCCUUGCUUAGAUGUGUCACGGAAAGCCCCGCACUGGCUUCUGGCUGAUUUAAGUGCAGGUACUGCAGAAAGCUCACCCCAUUCUUAACCGGUUGAUUUGAAACAAAGCCCCCUGCCCAACUGGCAGAGCCUUUUCCCGGAAACCCCCAGCGGGGCAUUGCUGAGUGGAGGAUCUAGCAAAUCACUGGCUUAAGAAGGAAAUGUUUUGCUGGGUGACCUAUGCAAGGUCUUGAUGCUGUGCUUCUCCCUGUAUAGAGGGAAACACUGAACUUUUACUUUGACUCCAGCAAUGAUAUACAGGGACAAACGGCAGAAAUGACUUGUGUUUCCUGUUCUCCCACAUCUCUGUCAUGCCUGAAGCUGCGUUGAAAUAAAUCUUCGGAGCACUGAAUGUUGUUCCAAACACGAGUGACAGAGCUGCAAUGUCCAUUCUGUGGACUGCUGGUUGUCCAAAGAUGGGGUGGGGAUGUUGUUUUUGAGUUGUUGAGCUACCCUGAAAUAAGGGCGAUUCCCUUGAAAAGGAGUAGGAAUGGUCAGCUUUAGUUCUGGAGUCUGUGAUCCACAACAGAGAGGUAUUUUCAUUCAGGAAAACCCCCCAGCAAGCAACAGUGGAAAUGGAAGUCCUGAAGUGUGUCUGUGCAUCCCACCAGAGACUGCUUGCACUAUGAAAGAGCUAUCGUUUCUUACACUGAAUGAUUCUAUAGCGGGUAUAAGUUUGCUGCUGUAUAGUUCUGAUUUCAUCCACAUUUUUUCCUCCUAGGUCACCUCUGUGCACAGUUCACGGCCUGGUUUUGAGAGGAACAGCAGCAACGCAAAGGAAAGGAACCUGCAGCCGUUAGUUUUUGCCCUUAACCAGCUGGGGGUUUUGAGUGGGGAGGGGACAGGGAGACCAGCAAACGCUUGCUGAAUCGUUUUCUUGCCAAGCCACAAUGGAUUUCCUGUGUAUGAGGCUUGGGAGUUUUGCUUGGACAGUCUUCUGCUAGACCACAUACAGUUUCGGUCUUGCAUGGGACAUCUGGAUGUCACUGGAAUUGGAAACCGUUUGAGCAACGCCCGGUCUAGCCUCUCCAUUGCUGCAACAGAAUCCAAGCCACGGUGGCAAGAGGAUGGAUGAGCCUAUCAAGGAGGUCUUGGGAGGUUCCAAAUGCCCACAGUGCGCGACGCUGGAGAAGAGCAACGGCAGUGACUGCGGGGCCACGGCCGUCCCGUUGGUGAGCGAAUGCCAGCUGACGGCCGCCACGGGUGGAGCUGAACUUUCCUGCUACCGUUGCACAAUCCCAUUUGGGGUGGUGAUCCUCAUCGCCGGGGUGGUGGUCACAGCCGUGGCUUACAGCUUCAACUCCCACGGGUCCAUCAUCUCCGUGCUCGGGUUGGUCCUCUUGUCAUCCGGACUUCUCCUGCUGGCCUUGAGCGCCUUGUGCUGGAAAAUCCGACAGCGGAACAAGAAGGCGAAGAGGCGCGAAAGCCAGACAGUGCUCGUGGCAAACCAAAGGAGCCUGUUUGCCUAAAUGGCAAGCAAGACGGAUGGAAGAGACAGGCUGGUUGCUGAAAGGAAAAGUCUAUUUAUUUGCAGUCGGUCUGCAGGAGCUGUUUUAUUAAUGGCUGAAUUGGAUUUAUAACUAUACGAAUGAAAAGGCUGUUGGAAGUUCA